GUGCUGCGCAUUUGCCACACUGCCAAUACCGCCAUUUUGUAAAGGAAGCAUUGAAAAGUUGUGUUUGUUCUAAAUUUAUAGUGUUUUUGUUAGAUAGGAUACAACUUGCUGUGAUUUUUACCGAUAUCUAGCCGUACUCUAUAUAAAUAAUGGGUCGCAAAAAGAAGAAGCAAUCGAAGCCAUGGUGUUGGUACUGCAAUAGGGAAUUUGACGAUGAAAAAAUUCUUAUCCAGCACCAAAAAGCCAAACAUUUCAAAUGCCAUAUCUGCCAUAAGAAACUGUACACAGGCCCUGGAUUAUCGAUACAUUGUAUGCAAGUCCACAAGGAAACCAUAGACAAAGUCCCCAAUUCAUUACCAAAUCGUUCUAACGUAGAUAUAGAGAUAUACGGAAUGGAGGGAAUACCUGCAGCCGACCUCAAAGAACAUGAACGACAAAAACAGAAUAGUAGAGGGGCCGAGUCCUCAGAUGAAGACGAGCCUGCCAAUAAGCGACCAAAGCCAGAAGGUUUGUUAGGAAAUGCCCCUCCUGGAAUGCAAGUUUUGCCCCCAGGAAUGAUCCAUGGAAUGGUUCAUCCCCCACCUGGCAUGCCUCCAGGUAUGCAAAUGAUGUCCAUGGGACAUAUGGCCGGGCACCCAUUCAUGCAUCCUAGUAUGACCCAACACAUGAUGGCUCAGCACAUGAUGAUGCAAGGACAACCUGGUCCUCCUAAACCUCUAUUCCCAAGUGCAGUUCCGUCUUCGUCUCCAGGAGCCGCAGUUGUGGGUGCCGAUUUUAAACCAAUUUCAUCAGGUGCCACAAUUAGUGCUCCUCCCACUACGAAUACACCUAGUGGCAGUGGCCAGGGUGCGAAAGUAAAUACUAUAGCAGCUACAGGGGCGUCGAGUAAAAUCAUUCAUCCUUUAGAAGAUAUUUCGUUAGAAGAAAUUCGAGCGAGGGAUCCUAAGUAUUGUAAAAAUGAUUGGCAGAAAAAUGACGACAGAGGCUCGAGUACAAGUACGGCAGGAUCUGAGUUAUCUAUAGCUGUAUCUGCGGCUCAAGCAGUAGCAGCAAAUCAUGCUGUUAUUCAAGCGAAAGCGCAUGAAGCUCAACAGCAACACAUGGCAAUGAUGGGUAGAAUGGCAGCGGCGGCGGCAGGAUAUCCCGUAAGGGUAUCUGGACCACCUCUGGCUGUAGUUGCAGGCUCGCCAGUAAUGGCUGGUCCUACCAUGGGUGUGCUUCGCGGGCCACUAAUAGGGGGGCCGCUAAUGCGGCCGCCGCAUCUCGGUAUGCCCCCAGGUAUGAUUCAAAUGCCACCCGGAAUGAUGUAUGGUGCGCCCAUGUUUCCUGGUCAUAUGAUUAUGCAGCCCCGUUUCAGAUGAUCUUCAAUGAUGAUUCUCUACCAUCCGCAAGUUUAAAAUUUAAUGGCACUAUUUAAUAGAACCUAUACUUAAGAACAUUUCUAACAUUUUUCAAAUAAUUCUGUUUGGGAUGCCGAUUUAAUUAAUUAAAUUUAUAAUUAAUAAAAUUCAAUUUAAUGAGUUCUCGUAUUUCUAAGCAUAAUUUAGUUUUCGUGUUGUCUGCAGAAAAUAUAAUAUUGGUUCGAUUCAAGGAAGGAAAUAUGUCCGAAUCCAGGCGAGUUUUAUUUGGUUAUUCAAAUAUGUGUUCAAUUCGAAAAUAUUCUGAAUACCCGUUCUAGACACGUAUGUUUAAAUUAUACAAUGCAAUGAUUCUCCAAUAAUUCCAUCUUAUAAAUUAGCUGUAAAAGCAACUGCAGUUUUGAUAAUUAGUACUUAGAAUAUGAGAACUCAUUAUUUGUGACGAUUUUACGUGCACUCAGCACAAAGUGUUUGUAAUAGCUUGUGUGUUCUAUCAGACUGUUGGUGUGCCUUUAAGACAUUAGUUGCUUAUUUUAAAUAACUAAGGUACCUACUUGCUUUAUGUAUGUACCAAAACAAUAAUUCGAUUAACGAAGGCACAGCAAUAGUGCGCUUUUACAAAUACAAGAUACUAAAUUGUAAGCAGAUAAUUCCUGAUAUAUUCCCAUAUUAAUUGACUUAUUUUUGUUUUCGACAGGUUUGCAAAAUGUCAAACCAAAAGCGACACUUGGUAUGUAACUUUUUAUUUUUUUUUCUCCAACGUGAUACAACAUACACUUAAAAGGUUGGUUUACAUUUUAUUAUUUUUAGGCUAAGACUUUAAAUUGAAUUGCAGUAACUAGAUAGCACGAUUUAGUAACAAAACUCAAUUUCUACCCAACUUGUUUGACUAAUUAUAAUUAAUCUAUUUGAAAUCUAUCUAACUUUAUUGUUUUGUUUCUGAGAAUGGCAACACGUCUCUUUUGGGCUGGAAAC